AUGUUUAACUCGGUGAAUCUGGGCAACUUCUGCUCGCAGUCGCGCAAAGAGCGGAGCGCCGAAUUUGGCGAGCGGGCAGGUUGCGCCUCCAACCUCUACCUCCCCAGCUGCACCUAUUACGUCCCUGAAUUCUCCACCGUGUCCUCCUUCCUGCCACAGGCCCCCUCUCGCCAAAUCUCCUACCCGUACUCCGCCAACCUCUCGCAAGUGCCGCCCGUGCGGGAGGUCUCCUACGGGCUCGAGCCCUCGAGCAAGUGGCACCCGCGCGGCAAUUACGCGGCGUGCUACUCCGCGGAGGAGCUGAUGCACAGGGAGUGCCUCCCGCCCGCCACCAUGAGCGACAUGCUAAUGAAAAACGAGAGCGGCUACCACCACCACCACCACCAUCAUCAUCAUCACCCCAGCUCCAACCACCCGGCCCCGGCGGGGUUCUACGGCGGCAUGAGCAAAAACACCGUCCUGCCGCAGGCUUUCGACCGCUUCUUCGACAACGCCUAUUGCGGAGCCGACCCCCCCGCCGAGAGCUGCCUGCAGAAAACCGAGGGCAAACUGGAGCCCCAAGCGCAAGCCCAAGAGCUGGCAGCCCGCGGCGAACCCGGGCUGGACCCGGAAGACGAAGAGGAGAACACGAACCCCGGCUCUUCAGCCUCAUCCUCCUCAGUCAACAAGGAGAGCGGCAAAAGCGGCGGCGCGAGUGCUCCCAGAACAAGGAAGAAGAGAUGCCCCUAUUCGAAAUUCCAGAUCCGGGAGCUGGAGCGUGAAUUCUUCUUCAAUGUCUAUAUCAACAAAGAGAAAAGGCUCCAGUUGUCCAGGAUGCUAAACCUCACUGACCGACAGGUUAAAAUUUGGUUCCAGAACAGAAGGAUGAAAGAAAAAAAAUUAAGCAGAGACCGUCUGCAGUAUUUCUCGGGGAAUCCCUUGUUGUGA